AUGUGGAGGGCGGAGGAAGGUUGCAGGGAAUCGAAGCAAGGAGAGGUUGAAGAUAAAGAUUGUACAAGCAGAGGUGUGUUGUCAGCUGGAACGGCAUUGUUAAUGGCAGCUUGUUUGAAGAGAGCUGUGGUUCUGUUCUUCUUGGUUGAGCAAUGGCGGAUCUGGGUGUUCCUUGCGUUGAAUCUCAUCCUUGUAACAAUCUUCUUCACUUCCAGUCCUGCAAGUUACAGUGAAAGCCAAACCCAAGAGCCGACGAAGAAGAAGAAGAUUAGAAGCAGCGAGCCUGAAAAAGUGGAAGAAGUUGAGAUCAAACAGCAGGAGAUGGAUAAAGAAGAGGAAAUUGAAGAAGAUGAAGAAGAAGAGGUAAUUGGGUUGUCGAAAGAGGAGUUGAAUGAGAGAGUUGAAGCUUUCAUUGUGAUGUUCAAGAAGCAAUUGAUUUCAGAUGCGAGAAAAGUGGGAAGUAGACGAACCCCAUUGAGCUAUAAGACUCAAUAG